AUGUUUCCCCUUCGAAGGUUCCUCGCAACAACAGCGAAGCCUCUUUUACAAGACGUGGUCAUUGUAGGCGGCGGCCCAGCAGGCCUUUCCCUCCUAGCUGCUCUUAAGAACAGUCCCACCACCAAACAUCUCAAAUGUACAUUGGUCGAGGCGCUGAAACUACAGCCGGUGCGUGACUUUGGCGAGGACCCCCCAGAAAACUUCCACAAUCGUAUCAUCUCGUUGACUCCGAAAUCGGUGCAGUUCAUGCAAGAGAAGUCGGGAAGUUGGGACUACCUUCACCAAGACAGAGUCAAGUUCUAUGAUAACAUGGUAGCGUACGAUUCGCAGGAUUCGGACGCACGGAUUCAUUUCGACGCAAGCAAUGUGAUUUUGGACCUGGGCGCCCUGUCGCAGAUUGCUGCCAUGUGCGAGGUGGUACAUAUCCAAGCGUCUUUGCUUCAGAAGAUCGAUGCGCUCAACGAAGAAUUACCCGAGGAGGACCAGGCCGUGGUGAUUGACGAGGCCAAAGUAGUCAAUAUCAUUGCAGGCAAUGCGUGUGACACCAUUGACGCUAAGAGUAACCCCCAAACUUCAUUGGACUGGCCUGUGGUUACUCUCAGCAAUGGCCAGGUUCUUCAAACCAGGCUCUUGGUGGGCGCAGAUGGCCAAAACUCACCGGUCAGAAACUACGCUGAAAUCGAGUCGCGUGGCUGGAGCUACGAUAGAUUUGGUGUUGUCGGCACCCUCAAGCUCCAAUUUAAUGAUUUCAGAGAUAUUGCAUGGCAGCGGUUCCUCACUACCGGGCCAUUGGCCAUUUUGCCUCUUCCUGAAGAUAACGCAACUUUUGUCUGGUCGAGUACCCCUGAGUUGGCUGAAAUCCUAGUGAAAGUCGACGAGAAGAUCUUCCCUCAGUUGUUGAAUGCUGCCAUGACCCUUGACGAGGUAGACUUGAACUACAUCUACAAAAUGUUGAAAGCAAACCCUGCAGAUAUGACUGUCCUUGAGGAAAUUGAAUGGCGCACCUCGCUUAUUCCAGAGGAGGAUUUGGACGAGAAGUUCCCCGUGCCAAUCAGUGAGCUCAUGCCUGGUAGUAGAGCAAGAUUCCCACUCAAAUUUCUCCACGCAGACACCUACAUUGCUCCAAGAGUGGCAUUGGUUGGUGAUGCAGCCCACACUGUACAUCCUUUGGCGGGUCAAGGUCUCAAUAUGGGCCAAACUGAUGUUGGCCUGUUGGUGGAUGCUUUGGAGACUGGCGUAGAUAGAGGCCUCGACAUUGGCUCGACAUUGGUGCUUGAGAAAUAUGUUGCCACAGCAUGGCCUAAUAACCACGCAUUGAUGGGCGUUUGCGACAAAUUACACAAGAUCUUUUCGACAGACGCCUUUCCUGUUGUCGCUCUUAGAGGGCUCGGCCUUAAGUCAUUGAACUAUUUUGAUGUGGUCAAGGAUAUAAUGGUCAAAGCAAUCAGUGGACGCUAA